CUAAAUUAAGAUCCAAUUCCAAGAGAGAGAGAGAGAAGAGUCACCCCUUUUGUUGUCUAUAAAUGGAUGCCACAUUUUUUUGAAAGCUCUGAAUCUGAUGAGAGAGAUUAGUACCCAAACGAGAAAGUUUGGCCUUUUGGUUGUUGUAGGGUCUUAAAGAAGUGACAAUUUACUCCUAUUUACAGUUGGUUUAGCUAUUUGGUAAAACAACAAGGGAAGAGCAAAAUGAUCGCCGGUGGCAAUGUUGAUGGAAAAUUGAGUGGAAAGAAAAUGGAAGGAGAUGAAGAUUUGAGAACGGUGGAGUGCUUAAGGGGGAGAUUAGUAGCAGAGAGAGCGGCUUCCAGGGUCGCCAAAGAAGAUGCAGAGCAGAUGGAGAACAAGCUCACAGAACUAGAGAACAAGAUGAGGGCCGAAAUCAAAUCAAGAAACAGGGCAGAGAAGAGGCUAAAACUCCUCAUGAAAAAGCUGGAUUCCCUCAACCUAUCAUCAUACUAUCAUACUGUUUCAGAGAAUUCAAGCAUUUUGGAGAAGAGUGAAAUGUCCUCUGUAUCAUCAUCAUCUUCCACAAACUGCCAAAUCCUACAACAGUCCAAGACAAAAUCCCCCCAAAAAAAUUCACAAGAUUUGGAGUACUAUGCUUCACGGACUAGAGCACCCAAUUCAAGCCAUUGUGGUUCAAAUGAAGAGUCUUUGGUAUCUGAAGAAAAGCCCAAUUUUGAAGAACCCAGUGGCGGCGAGGUUAAUUCGAGUCAAGAUUACCGUAAUCCGAAGACGGAUGAUCUUGGUUCCUCCAGCACAAGUGAUCAAGCGCAAGAUGAUGAUGUGGAUAACUCUCUGGCUUUGGUACCUGUCGAUUUACCCAAGGAAUCGCGCCCGCCCGAUCCCCUUAUUGUGAAUGCAAGUGUUGCCGAUGUUCUUGAUUCUCUGAGGAAUGCAAGAGAAAAGCUUCAGUUGUCGAUGGAAAGAAGGCGUAUGAUCGAAGUUGGAUCCAAAUGAAUUUGCUUCUCGGCUCGAAUAUUAACAGAAAAACAUCAGUUUUGUAAGAUAAAAUUAAAGUCUUGGCAUAUUGUUCUUGGUAAUUUUUAGUGUUUCACAUUGAAGCAGUGAGAAAUUGAGAGAAUUUUGAUGAUGAUUGAUACAGGGCCUUCUAGGUGAGAUAUACAUCCAGCAGUUUUGAGGCAUCA